AUGAUUCGUUCACGCUUAUUUGAUUGUAUAAAGUUAAGUAAGAAAUACUAUUCUAAUAAUAUCUACAAUCUAAUAUUUUCUCGCAAACCAUCUACAAUAAAUAUUGAUAUCGAUGGAAUACGACAUCGAAUUAACAUACCUCAUUCACUUACGGUUGCUCAACUUCGGAAGGAACUUUUCGAACGAUAUUGUAUAGCUGAUCAUACCCGAUUUCUUGAUGAUGAAGGUAGUCGUUUACAUACUAAAGAUGAAGAAUCAACUACAAUCAAAGAAUUAUUAACUAAAAAUAAUCUCAUUCGAUUAGCAAGUAAAUCAAAUUUAGUAUCGAUGUCAAACACAAGAAAUAAUUUAUUCGGAAGAAAAACUAAUAUGAAUUAUAAUCGACUAUUACGUGGAUCGACAAAUUUUUCUACAAAUCAAUUUAAUAUAACAUCAACACAUACAGAAAAUGAUAUAAUCUUACCAACCAGUAUCGAUAUAACAGUAUGGGAAAAAAUCUUUCAAAACUGUGAUAUACUUCAAGGUAUUAUAUUAGACCAACAAAGUCCUAAACGUGCUUUUAGAUCCAUAUUGAAAUUCAAAGCAUCGGAUCAAACUUUUCCUUUAUUUAAAAUUAAAGAUGAUUCUUAUAUUCGUGCAUACAUUAACGAUAAACAAAUGGAUAUUUCAUUUCUUUCUAGCAAUUUUUUCGAGAAUAAUACUCAAUUAUCUAAUCCUUAUAUUAGUUUUGGCAUAAAUACACAAUAUUCGAGAAAUAGCAAUGCAUCAAGCAUACAAACGAAAGCAUAUUUAACACGCUGUUUAAAUUUUCCACGCGUUAUUUUGAAAGUUGAUUUAUCUUAUCUUGAAUUAACACCAGAAUUCAAUGAACAAAUUAAUGACAUUCUUUCGACUGAAGCCAAAGAUGAACAAAUUGAUAAAUUAAAGAAGCUUUUCUCUGUCUAUGGUCAUGUUUAUCCACGUUUAAUUACAUUAGGUAGUCAACUUUAUCACAUAGAAGAGUAUCAUACAAGACAGGAAGCUGAACAAGCUAAAAAAUCAAUCAAUAUGAAUAUAUCUAUAUGGUCGUUGAUUUUUCAAUCAAGUAAACUCAACACAAAUAUUGAAUCUAAUCAACAAACAGAAAAGAAAACAUCUAUGCAAACAUCACUGAGAGAGUUUCAAGCGAUUGGAGGUGACACACGAUGGAGCCAUGAUCCACAUCGUUGGAUAAAUACCAUAGUUAAACCAUCAUUAUGGCGUAUCAUUGAACAAGAGGAGUACGAAUCUAUCAUUCAAUUACUCGAUCCAGAACGAGAAAAAAAACUUAAAGAUAUCAUCGAUCAAUACCUUUGGCGCGAAACACUGUCUGCAAAUUUUAAGAAGAAAGAACAAAAAUAUAAAGAAACAAUUACCGAAAACAAUCAUUCAAAAAAUGAAUCAAUUCAACUAUCUUAUCCUACGGCCAUAUUUAUUGAUGAGGAUAAGAAUAUUCGUAUUUGUGAUGUUGAAAACAAUCGUACUAUAAAAUGGGAAUCUAAUGAAAAUAGUAAACAAACAAUCUUACAUGAAAACCAAGGGAUUCAAUCCAAUGAACCUCCAAAUAUAAUUAUUGAAAAAAAAGAUAAUUCUUUUAUUAUUUCUGAUUAUAAGAACAAUCGAAAAAUAACAUGGUCGCCACAAAAUAAUUUAAAGAAACAAACUAAUAUCAACGAUGUUCAUACAUUAACGAAGCAAAAUGGGGAUAACAAUUUUAUACGUGAUUGUCCAAAUGGUCGAGUUAAUAAGCAAAAAUAUGCAUUUGAUACAUGUGAUCAUACUCACAAUGGAACAAUUGCUUUUAGUGACCUUCUUUGGAUCAUUGCAGCUACAAGAGGAAGCGAUCUUCAUCAACGACUUUUCGAUAUAUUUGAUACAUACGAUCUUUCGCAAGAUGGACAAAUCGAUCAGAACGAAUUAACCUCACUGAUUACAGCUCUGUAUGGAGUAAAUGGCGUAACUGAUCAAAGUGGUCCUAAUAAUCCGAAAACACGUGCUGCUGGAAUUAUUGCUGCGUUUGAUCUUAAUGCAAACAGUAAAUUAAGCAGAGAAGAAUUUAUUACAGCGUGCACGAACGAUUCUUAUAUUCGCCAAGUACUUUCUAAACAUGCUUAA